AUUAUGAACGCAUUCAUGACAGAAGGGAGGAGUGUUUGCGGCUCAUUAUUAUUACACACGGAUGUGCAGAACCGUCCGUGGCAGAAAUCUGAAAACAAGCCACGAACAACAAGCCGAGAAUAAGCGAGUCUGAAGAUUUGUGGCCAAAGAUUUAUUUUAUGACAGCAGGAAUUUGUUGAGCCGAAGCCGGGAUUUCUCCUCAGAAAGCACAGUUUAAUCCUCAAGGAUGGCUUCUCGUAAGAAGGUGCUGCUGAAGGUGAUCAUUCUGGGGGAUUCUGGUGUUGGGAAAACCUCUCUGAUGAACCAGUAUGUCAACAAGAAGUUCAGCAAUCAGUAUAAAGCCACCAUCGGCGCAGACUUUCUUACCAAGGAGGUGAUGGUGGACGACAGACUGGUGACGAUGCAGAUCUGGGAUACGGCAGGACAGGAGCGUUUCCAGUCUCUCGGGGUGGCGUUUUACCGUGGUGCUGACUGCUGUGUUCUGGUGUACGAUGUGACCGCGCCUAACACCUUCAAGACUCUGGACAGCUGGAGGGACGAGUUCCUGAUUCAGGCCAGUCCUCGAGACCCGGAGAACUUCCCCUUCGUGGUGCUCGGAAACAAGAUCGACUUGGAGAACAGACAGGUGACGACGAAACGAGCCCAGGCGUGGUGUCAGAGCAAAAGCAAUAUCCCGUACUUUGAAACCAGCGCAAAAGAGGCCAUCAAUGUGGACCAAGCUUUCCAAACCAUCGCCCGCAACGCCCUCAAACAGGAGUCUGAGGUGGAGACGUACGAUUUCCCUGACCAGAUCAAACUGCGAGACGACAGACCUGUGUCCUCCGGUGAUGGCUGCAGCUGCUGAGACACUGACACACACACGCACACACACAUCCAGCAUCCAGAAGAAAACACUCUUUUCCAAAACUUGUAUGUAAAGAACUGUUAGCGGUUUCAAGAAACUCCCUGCCACAGCAUCAGUUUUAAUAGAACUACCUUUAUGAAUAUUAUUUCUACGAGAAAGAGAUAGCUAUUCUAUUAUUUACAAGUGAUUAUGUUUUUGCUUCAUUCAUGCACAUUAUAUAGUGUCUCCUGCUUAUGUCUGUCCGUGCCUUUUACUUCGUAUUUUCUUUUAUGUUUUAGGAUGUAAAUGCAGUCACACUUCCUUGUAAUUCCUUUUAUUUGCCAAAUCCCUUCACAUGUUGAACUGUGGACGCUUGUUUCAACAGGGAGACUUUAAAAAAAGGUAUGACUUUUUUUGUCUUGCUUGACUUUGAUCUCAGAAUUCUGAGGUUAAGUUUCAAAUUUAAAAGUUUUGUACGAUUUUUGAGAAUGCCAGACUUGCAAAACAGUCAAUAAACUGAUAUAACUGCAGGAAAAAAUGUAAUGUUUAGGACAAACUCACAAUUAAGAAAAAUCUGAAUUUGAGGUUACAUUUCUAGUGAAGAUCCUGCAGUUUUUUCCCUAUAAUUCCUCUAAAUAUUACAUGAAAUUUGCAUUUUGUGAGGGGAAAAAGCAGCAGUUACCAGCACAAAAAAGGUAAAAACUGCAAGAUAUAAAGCAGAUCACAAUGCUAAACAGCCUAUAAACCUGCAAAAUACACUACAGUUGAAGUUUUAUAGCGCUGCAGACAAACUCAGAAUUGUGAGAUAUCAACAAAAUUACUGAUAAUUUUAAUAAAAUCUGCUAAAAUGCACAAUAUUAUUCCUUACAAACUUGCAAUAGAAAUGAAGGAAAAACUGUUUCUUAUCAGAAAUGUACUUUAAAAUGGUAUUUUCAUGUCACAAAAAUGGCCAAGAUAUAAAUGAACUGCAAAUAUAAACAAAAAACUGAGCAAAAAUCUGAAUUUGAAGUCACAUUUCAAGAUAUAAAGCAGCUUACAAAGCUAAACAGCCUAUAAACCUGCAAAAUUACACUAAAGCUUAUAGAGCUGCAGACAAACUCAGAAUUGUGAGAUAUCAACAAAAAAUAAUAGUUAUUUUAAUAAUCUGCUAAAUUGCAAGUUACAUCAUAUUUUUUUCUUCAUAAUUCCCCACACAAAUUAUAAACUUGCAAUAAAAAUGAAGGAAAAACUGUUUCCAAUGCAGAAAAAUUACUUUAAAAUGAUAUUUUGAUAAAUGAUAAAAUGAUAAAAAUUGCCAAAAUAUAAAAGAACUGCAAAUGUGAAGUAAAAACCAAGCAAAAAUCUGAAUUUGAAGUCACAUUUCAAGAUAUAAAGCAGCUCACAAUGCUAAACAGCCUAUAAACCUGCAAAAUUACACUAAAGCUUAUAGAGCUGCAGACAAACUCAGAAUUGUGAGAAAUCAACAAAUAUAAUAGUAAUUUAACAAUCUGCUAAUUGGCAAGUUACAUCCUAUUUUUCCCUCAUAAUUUCUCACAAAACUUACAAACUUGCAAUAAAAAUAAAGAAAAAGCUGUUUCUGAUGCAGGAAAAUUACUUUAAUAUAAAAGCACUGCAAAUAUAAAGUAAAAACCAAGCAAAAAUGUGAAUUUGAAGUCACAUUUCAUGUUAAGAUCCUGCAGUUCUUCCCUAACAUUUCUCUAAAUAUUUAAUUAAACUUGCCUUUCUGAGAAAAAAAUCUGCCGUUUUCAAGUCUCAAAAAUGGCCAAGAUAUAAAUGAACUGCAAAUAUAAACUAAAAACCAAGCAAAAAUCUGAAUUUGAAGUCACAUUUCAAGAUAUAAAGCAGCUCACAAUGCUAAACAGCCUAUAAACCUGCAAAAUUACACUAAAGUUGAAGUUUUAUAUCGCUGCAGACAAACUCAGAAUUGUGAGAUAUCAACAAAAAAUAAUAGUUAUUUUAAUAAUCUGCUAAAUUGCAAGUUACAUCAUAUUUUUUUCUUCAUAAUUCCCCACACAAAUUAUAAACUUGCAAUAAAAAUGAAGGAAAAACAGUUUCCAAUGCAGAACAAUUACUUUAAAAUGCUAUUUUGAUAAAUGAUUAAAUGAUAAAAAUUGUCAAAAUAUAAAAGACCUGCAAAUGUAAAGCAAAAAUCUGAAUUUGAAGUCACAUUUCAAGUUAAGAUCCUGCAGUUUUUCUUUAUAAUUCCUCUAAAUAUUUAAUUAAACUUGCAUAACUGAGAAAAAAAAUCUGCAGUUUUCAAGUCUCAAAAAUGGCAAGAUAUAAAGCAGCUCACAAUGCAAAACAGCCUAUACACUUGCAAAAUUACACUAAAGUUGAAGUUUUAUAGCGCUGCAGACAAACUCAGAAUUGUUCGAAAUCAACAAUUAUAAUAAUUAUCUGCUAAUUUGCAUGUUGCAUAAUACUUUCCCCUUAUCAUUCCUCACAAAACUUACAAACUUGCAAUAGAAAUGAAAGGAAAAAACUGUUUCUGAUGCAGAAAUCUACUUUAAAAUGAUAUUUUCAUGUCACUAAAAUGGCCAAAAUAUAAAAGAACUGCAAAUAUAAACUAAAUAUAACCAAAUUCAGAUUUUUUUUAAAAAGUUAAGAUCCUGCAGUUUUUCUUUAUAAUUCCUCUAAAUAUUAAAUUAAACUUGCAUUUCCGAAGAAAAAAAAUCUGCAGUUUUCAAGUCUCAAACAUUUCAAGAUAUAAAGCCGCUCACAAUGCUAAACAGCCUAUAAACCUGCAAAAUUACACUAAAGUUGAAGUGUUAUAGCGCUGCAGACAAACUCAGAAUUGUGAGAAAUCAACAAAAAUAAUAUUGACUUAAAAAUCUGCUAAUUUGCAAGUUACUUUUUCCUCACAAACUUGCAAUAAAAAAUGAAGGAAAAACUGCUUCUGAUGCAGGACAAUGACUUUUCAAAAAUGGCCAAAAUAUAACCUAAAAACCAAGAAAAAUCUAAAUUUGAAGUUACAUUUCAAGUUAAGAUCCUGCAGUUUUUCCCUAAAAUUCCUCUAAAUAUUAAAUUAAACUUGCAUUUGUGAGGGGUGAAAAAACAGCAGCUUUCAAGUCUCAAAAAUUACAAGAUAUUAAGCAGAUCCCAAUGCUAAACAGCCUAUAAACCUGCAAAAUUACACUAAAGUUCAGGCUUUAUAGCGCUGCAGGCAAACUCAGAUUUGUGAGAAAUCAACAAUAAUAAUAAUAAUAAUAAUAAUAAUAAUAAAAUGUUAAAUUGCAAGUUGCAUUAUAUUUUCCCCUCAUAAUUUCACACAAACCUUACAAACUUGCAAUAGAAAUUAUGAAAAAACUGUUUCCAAUGCAGAAAAAUGACUUUGAAAUUAUAUUUUUAAGUCACAAAAAUAGCCAAAACAAACUCCGAAUUGUGAGAUAUCAACAAAAGUAAUAAUAAUAAUUUUAAAAAAUCUGUUAAAUUGCAAGAUACAUAAUAUUUUUCACUUAUAAUCACUUAGAAAACUUGCAAUAUAAAUGAAGCAAACGCUGUUUCUGAUGCAGGAAAAUGACUUUAAAAUUAUAUUUUCAUGUCACAAAAUAUAAAAGAACUGCAAAUAUAAUCUGAAAACCAAGCAAAAAUCUGAAUUGUGAUAUUAAAAAAGUCAAAAUGACCUUUUUUUAUUGAAUCUCACAGCAGAAACAAGCUUCCACGUUAACCUUAAUCAAUUAUUUAACUAUAAAACUACACACACACACACACACACACACACACACAGUACAAGCAGUCCACAUGAUCAAAAUCUACAGCGUAAUUGAAGAGUUUAGAAUCUCCAGCCAGAAUAAGUGAGCGAUUGUGCCUGAGAACGAACACACACACACACACACACACACACUCCAGCGCAGAGGGCCGUGUGGCUGUCAAAUGAAGGUUUUGGGGGACAUGAAAUAUCCAGUGCAAUCAUUUUAACCAUGCAGCAGGUUUCCUUGGAAGCGUCUCCCGGGUUUUAAUGUAUGAAUGUAACAUUACUGAUUCAUUUACAUCUCUACAGCUUAUGUUUCUACAUGCGCUUAGUUGAUGUUUCUAACCAAAUAAUGAUGCAGUUUAUGGAUAUGAUCAAAUGUGAAGGAGAAAAACAAACGGAGAGCGAGUCCUGGCAACCUUUGAUUUAUUUUUAACAUCCUUAUUUCCAUCCUCCAGUAUUGUAGAUGAUUUAGAUCGGAGAAUCAUAGUGACGUCUGCCAAUAGAAACCAAUAAACACAUCUGUCCCUCUUUUAUAAAACAAUGACCUUUCCUAGAACGCUGUUCGAUCAUCUCUCGGUAUUGUUUCCUCAACAAUGCUCAUAAAUAAAUCUUUAUUCACAUGGCAA